UUAAAUUUUUUGACACUUGUUUACACAUUUUCUUGAGACUGCUUCAAUUUGUAUUUGUGUUUUCGGAAGUUAAUUUUAAUUUAUUAAUAAUGUCCGAUGAAAAAUCAGAAAAGAAACCAAAUAUUCUAGUAACAGGUACUCCGGGUGUCGGCAAAUCACAUUUAUGUGCCAAAGCAGCUGAAAAGCUAAACUUCAAGUGGUGGGAUGUUUCCAAAAUAGCCAAAGAAAAGAAUUUUGUUGAAGAACAUGACGAUGAAUAUGAUUGUCCAAUAUUAGAUGAAGAUAAGCUUCUUGACUAUUUAGAACCAAAAAUGGACGAAGGAGGCAACAUAGUCGAAUAUCAUGGUUGUGAAUUCUUUCCAGAACGUUGGUUUCAAGUUGUAUUUGUUGUUACUUGCAAUAAUACAACACUCUUCGAUCGUCUCAAGGAUCGAGGUUAUAAUGAAAAGAAGCUCAAGUCCAACAUUGAGUGUGAAAUAUUUAAACUGAUUGAGGAAGAAGCCAAGGCGUCCUAUUCUGAUGAUAUUGUUUUUGAACUAAAAGGUGACACAGCACAAGAUGCUGAAAAUAGUAUUAAGAUUAUAAGAAACUGGUAUUCAGCAUGGAAGAGAAAGUAAAUAAAUCAUAUUAAAGUUAUAC